UCAAGGAAAUCUCUCUCUCUCUCUCUGUCUCUCUCUGGUAUUGGCUGUGACGCCCUGCAACCUCCGCAGUCGGUUUCUAGGGUUUCCGUCUUCCCUUCCCAUCUUUUGAGGGGUUUUCUUUUCAUUUUAUUUUUCGUCUCUUCCGGUCGCCUUUGGUGUCGAGAUAUCAUUUAUUUCUUGUAGGUUUCCGGGAAACGAAAGAUUUCUUCUAGCGUUUGAUGCUAUCGGUACAAACGGGAGAAAAAAAUGGCAGCUAUAGCGGAUCGGUAUCGUCAGAAUUGGAUCUUGGAUUACCUCAGCUUACCGGUUUCAUGGUGUUCUCUUGUGUUUGAUAUUUAGAUGCUUUCUUUUUUAGCUUGGUUUCAAGUCCUCGGAUGCCCUUUGCUUUGCCUUUUGACCUUUCUUGAGGACUAUUCGUCUUCCCCCUUUUUCUUCUGAUUGAGUUGCACUACAGUAGAUCAAAUCAGUUGCUUUUCGCAUUUGAACACUGUGAGAGAGAGCGAAAUCUGGUGAAAUGCGUAGUUCGGUUGCUUCGUGAUUCAUCUCUGGUUAUCUAGGUGGCGACACAUGGGAAAUUUCUGCUGCUGAGGGAGUGUGUGUUGGGUGAGCGGAAGAGAUCUGUAGGGGGUCACUCUUAGGGGUUUCUGAGAUGGAGGGUGUGGAAGAAGCUAAUAGCGCAGCUGUGGUGAGCUGCCACAGAGUGCUGAACCUGCUAUCCGAGACUGAGGACCAAACCCUAGCUUUCAAAGUUCUAAAGGCAGAGACCGGAAACGCUAUUUCUAUGUUUAACAAGGUUGUUUCCAUGCUUAGUAAUGGUGUGGGUCAUGCGAGGCUAAGGAGGCUCACGAACCCCCAACAACUCCACUUUAACCAUACCAUCUUCUUAGAUAGUCCGGCGGUAUCCAGAGCCGAACCUUUUCCACUGUUGGUCCAAUUCCUUCCAAGAAACCUACUAGAAAAGCCAGUUAACGAGUUGGGUUCCACUGCCAAGAUCCCUCCACAAAUCCCCCCAAGAAUGUUGCUUGAGAAUCCAGCAGCUGCAACGGAUGCAGCUUCCAGGGGCACUGUUCAAGCUGCCUACAGUCCUAACCCCACCCACCUUCACUUCCUCCAACAGCAGCACAACAGUCAGGUGUUUCAGAUUCAGCAGCAUAUGAAGUUCCAGAAUGAGAUGUAUGGAAGCAGCAAUAGCGGCAAGAACCUCAUGUUUGACAACUCAAGCUGCACAGCAACUGCAUCGUCUUCUCGUUCUUUCUUGUCAUCCCUGAGCAUUGAUGGUAGCAUGGGGAGCAUGGAUGGGAAGGCCUUCAACCUGUUUGGUGGACCACAGUUGUCCGACUCGAUGAACUGGCACCUAAAUGAUAGGAGGAGGUGUUCUAGAGGAGGAAAUGAUGGAAGUGGCAAAUGUGCCAAAACAAGCAGGUGCCACUGCUCAAAGAAGAGGAAAUUGAGAGUGAAGAGAACCAUUAAGGUUCCUGCUAUAAGUAACAAGCUUGGAGAUAUUCCUGCAGAUGACUACUCAUGGAGAAAGUAUGGGCAGAAGCCAAUCAAGGGUUCUCCCUAUCCUAGAGGAUACUACAAAUGCAGCAGCAUGAAGGGCUGCCCUGCAAAAAAGCAUGUCGAGAGGUGUGUUGAAGAUCCAACAAUGUUGAUUGUUACUUAUGAAGGAGAACACAACCAUGCCAAGCUAUUGACCCAGUCUGCCCACAUAUUGAUGUCGGUCAAGGAGCCAUUAGCUACGAGUUGAUUUUUUUUUCUUCAUUCAGUUUCCAUUGCAAGUAGCUUGUCCUGUAUAUAUUCCUUGUGUUCAAGAAAAACAUGUUGGGGUAUAGUCGCUGCAUGGGUUCAGGUCAAUGGGAAUAUAUGAAAGAUGGAAGAUGCACCCAUAGAGCCUCAAAAGAAUGCUACUAUUAGUUGAAUAUCAUGACCAUCACCAUGGAGGAAUUUUGUGAUCUUUAUUUGUUUGAAAUAGGAUUGGUUGGAGCUUCUAAUAGUGAUCUCCUGUUAAACCUAGCAGAAUGGCUUUCUGAUAGUACAAAGCCAUGGUUUGAAAGAAUUUUAAAUUGUGUCCAUCCUGAUUGGUAUAAUAGAAUCCAUUUUGCAAAA